GCCGCCCCGGCCGCGUCGGGUAAACCUGUUCUGCGAGGCGGCCGCGCCGGGGCGGAUCGAGCGGCCGGCGGGUCCUCGCGGCUCGCGGCGUCGGGGCCCGUGGAGCGCGCGGCCGGCCCUCGGCCGCGGCCCUCGGCAGCGCCACCAUGUACUCGGGAGCCGGCCCCGUUCUUGCGUCUCCUGCUCCGACAACAUCACCCAUCCCAGGAUAUGCCUUCAAGCCUCCACCUCGGCCGGAUUUCGGCACCACCGGGAGAACAAUCAAACUACAGGCCAAUUUCUUUGAAAUGGACAUCCCCAAAAUUGACAUCUAUCACUAUGAAUUGGACAUCAAACCUGAGAAAUGCCCUCGGAGAGUGAACAGGGAAAUAGUGGAGCACAUGGUCCAGCACUUUAAAACCCAGAUCUUCGGGGACCGGAAGCCAGUGUUUGAUGGACGGAAGAAUCUGUACACAGCUAUGCCCCUUCCAAUUGGCAGGGACAAGGUGGAACUGGAGGUCACGCUGCCAGGAGAAGGCAAAGAUCGCAUCUUUAAGGUAUCCAUCAAGUGGGUAUCCUGCGUGAGCUUGCAGGCGUUACACGAUGCACUUUCGGGGCGGCUGCCCAGCGUCCCCUUCGAGACGAUCCAGGCCCUGGACGUUGUCAUGAGGCACUUGCCAUCCAUGAGGUACACCCCUGUUGGCCGUUCCUUCUUCACUGCAUCGGAAGGCUGUUCCAACCCUCUGGGAGGGGGCAGAGAAGUGUGGUUUGGCUUCCAUCAGUCCGUCCGACCUUCUCUUUGGAAAAUGAUGCUGAACAUCGAUGUAUCAGCAACAGCAUUUUACAAGGCACAGCCAGUGAUCGAGUUUGUUUGUGAAGUGUUGGAUUUUAAAAGUAUUGAAGAACAACAAAAACCUCUGACAGAUUCCCAAAGGGUAAAGUUUACCAAAGAAAUUAAAGGUCUAAAGGUGGAGAUAACGCACUGUGGUCAGAUGAAGAGGAAAUACCGUGUCUGCAAUGUGACCCGGCGGCCUGCCAGUCACCAAACGUUCCCACUGCAGCAGGAGAGUGGGCAGACAGUGGAGUGUACAGUGGCUCAGUACUUCAAGGACAGGCACAAGCUGGUUCUGCGCUACCCCCACCUCCCAUGUUUACAAGUUGGACAAGAGCAGAAACACACCUACCUUCCUUUGGAGGUCUGUAACAUAGUUGCUGGACAGAGAUGUAUAAAAAAAUUAACAGACAAUCAGACCUCAACCAUGAUCAGAGCAACUGCCAGGUCAGCGCCCGAUCGGCAAGAGGAGAUCAGCAAAUUGAUGCGAAGUGCAAGUUUCAAUACAGACCCGUAUGUUCGUGAAUUUGGGAUCAUGGUGAAAGAUGAGAUGACAGAUGUGACAGGGCGGGUUCUGCAGCCGCCCUCCAUCCUCUACGGGGGCAGGAACAAAGCGAUUGCCACCCCUGUCCAGGGUGUGUGGGACAUGAGAAACAAGCAGUUCCACACGGGCAUCGAGAUCAAGGUGUGGGCCAUCGCCUGCUUUGCACCCCAGCGCCAGUGUACAGAAGUCCAUCUCAAGUCCUUCACAGAGCAACUGAGGAAGAUCUCAAGAGAUGCUGGGAUGCCUAUCCAGGGUCAGCCCUGCUUCUGUAAAUACGCACAGGGGGCAGACAGUGUGGAACCCAUGUUCCGACACCUGAAGAACACAUACGCUGGUCUCCAGCUGGUGGUGGUUAUCCUGCCUGGCAAGACUCCUGUGUACGCGGAAGUCAAGCGUGUGGGAGACACGGUGCUGGGCAUGGCCACGCAGUGUGUCCAGAUGAAGAACGUGCAGAGGACCACGCCACAGACCCUAUCCAAUCUCUGCUUAAAGAUCAAUGUCAAACUGGGAGGAGUCAACAACAUCCUGCUGCCACAGGGCAGGCCUCCAGUGUUCCAGCAGCCUGUCAUCUUCCUGGGAGCCGAUGUCACCCACCCACCAGCUGGGGAUGGGAAGAAACCUUCAAUUGCUGCCGUCGUGGGCAGCAUGGACGCACACCCCAACCGCUACUGUGCCACCGUGCGCGUACAGCAGCACCGACAGGAGAUCAUCCAGGACCUGGCUGCUAUGGUGCGAGAGCUGCUCAUUCAGUUCUACAAAUCUACACGCUUCAAGCCCACCCGCAUCAUCUUCUACCGAGACGGCGUCUCUGAGGGCCAGUUCCAGCAGGUUCUUCACCAUGAGCUCCUGGCCAUCAGAGAGGCCUGCAUAAAGCUGGAGAAGGACUAUCAGCCAGGGAUCACAUUCAUCGUGGUGCAGAAGCGGCACCACACACGUCUCUUCUGCACAGACAAGAAUGAGCGGGUUGGAAAGAGUGGGAACAUCCCAGCAGGCACAACCGUCGACACAAAGAUCACCCACCCAACUGAGUUUGACUUCUACCUGUGCAGUCAUGCUGGCAUCCAGGGGACAAGCCGUCCUUCCCACUACCACGUGCUCUGGGAUGACAAUCGUUUCUCUUCUGAUGAGCUUCAGAUUCUGACCUACCAGCUGUGUCACACCUACGUGCGCUGCACACGCUCUGUGUCAAUUCCUGCGCCAGCUUACUAUGCCCACCUGGUGGCCUUCCGAGCCAGGUACCACCUGGUGGAUAAAGAACAUGACAGCGCUGAAGGAAGCCAUACCUCUGGGCAGAGCAACGGGCGAGAUCACCAGGCGCUGGCCAAGGCGGUCCAGGUCCACCAGGACACACUGCGCACCAUGUACUUUGCUUGACAUGUUGUAUUGUUUAGCGAUUGUGUACCAAGUUGGAUUCACACGAGACCAGCUACACUCAGACCAACAGAUGCCCAGCCCUUCCGUGACAGCCAGCAUCGAACAUGAGACGUCUUUGGUUUUAUUAGAUCCUCCAUUUUCCAGAAUGCCUUCCGUCCCAGAUUUCAGACUUGGAUUUUGAGCUACAGGCCUGUAUGAGACCCCCAUUGUAGGAAACGUGGUUUGCCAAACCUAUAAGCUGCUCACUGAGAGUCUCGUUUCCUAAAAGCAAAAAACAACAAAAUGUCCUAAAACCAGUCUAUGAACUCUCAGGGCUUUAAAACAUUUUAAUUUAUUUGGUCAUUCGAUUUACUUGUUUUUAACACCUGAUUCUCAAUGAAAUCGAUGGGCUCAAACUAGCUGUGAAGGCUCUGAGCGGGAAAGCAGCACCAUUACCAUUGGGGUUUUAAAGCCUGGCCCUAGAAGUUGUCACCAGUGUUGAGUGCUAAGGGCUGCCAUGUACCCUGCAGCCCCAGGGCACUCGGCUGCUAGGUAUCCACAGUGUCCCUCGCUGGCCACUGCCUGCCCUCGAGGCCUGAGUGAAGGCAUAGUGGCCAAGGGGAUGGUCACGUGUGUUUAGGGCAGUGACAAGUUUGAGAGAUUGGCAGACAAGUGCCAUUUUGAUAAAAAUUUAUUUAAAAAGAGAAAAAAGACAAUAUACUGACAGUCUAAUCAUAAGAUUUGUCCUGUAGGACUGUGACAUUUAUUUUCCAAAGUUUCUAAAGAAUACGGGUCUGUGGUGAUAGAUACAGUACAAUCCUUUUUCACUGUUAUGUCUUUAAUGUAAGAGAAGAAUAUAUGUAUCUGGUUUGCAGUAUUAAUGUGGUAGGUAGAUGCUGUUUCCCUUUUGUUGACGAGGGGCGCUUCUUGUGACCUGCUUCACGUACCAGGAGCUGUGGAGCCUGGAGACAGUCCACCUCUUGUGGCUUUUAGUGCUUAAGUAGAGGAAUAUGCACCUGGCUUCACGUAACAGCGAUGCCUCCUUCUUCCCUCCCCACCCCCAGUGUGGACUGUGUAGCCUGUACCUCUGGGAAGGACAGUGUGCUUGCCAGUAAUCUGCCGUCCUCCCUGCCUCGUCCGUGUGUGUCGCUCAGCUGAUGAAGCACAAGUGGAAUUUAUUUAUUCUCCCAUGGCUGGGAAACAAGUUCACGUAAGCGUGCACUGCUCUCAGCUAUGUGCAGUUAUGGAAGGUGGGUUUCAUAGGAUCUAUGCACUGAAGUGGAGAGAGAGCUGCUCACAGUGGCUCUGCCGGCAUGGGAUUGGCAGGUAGGACUGGAACAUGCCGAGGAGCUGACGGUGGGCAAGGCCAGCAGGGAAGGCACGGACUUGCUCUGGGUGUGGCUUGCUUCUGGGCCCCAAUGUGGGUUUGCCAGCCUAGAGACCAUUGAACUGAGGGGCCACUACGAGUGGCUCUGCAAAUGGCAGCAGCCACCUCUGAGUAUGUGUCCUGUGGGGCUUUUUGUGCUUGUACCGAAGCUGCGUGAGCAUCCGGUCCGUUCCACAGACAAGUUCCCGGAAGGAGACGAGCCUUCUCUUCUGUGCUGCUUUGUGCUCUGUGGGUUUUUUCUGCCCCUGCUGACGGCCCUCAUCCCCCAGCUCUGCGUCAUUUACCUCUGACCCUGCGGUGGGGGGAGGGUGCCCACCCUCUCCCCCAGCUGUGGCACCUCAUGCUAGAGGACACAGUACCACCUUUACCCCUUCACCCGUCUGCACUGGGGCUGGUGGGAAGGGCGGGCGCAGUCACCUGGGAAGUCACGCCCUCAGCAGGUGUGCGUCUGUGUAUGCAUGUGGGUGUCUUACUAAUGACAGUAGUCUCUUCUUGCUGUGUCUUUAGAAAUCUUUUAAAGUGACAGACCCCUAGUCUAAGAAGCACUGGGACUGCCUGCUAUCCCAUUGGCAAGUGGCACUUUCUCAAACUGUUUCCGAAAGGAUAUAAAAACACUCAGCUCACCUAACAUGGUCAGGCUGGAGAACUGGUUAAACUAGUGAACUUUUAGAAUCUGAGAUGGUUUUCAGCCAUUCUUAGAACCAUGGGUUCCUAAGGUGUGGCUUCAGCCCCUUGCCACGGGAUCUUAGUCAUGCAAGUGAGUUUUUAGAGUGCAGAGUCUCAGGCCUGCUGCCAGCUUCUUGGACCUGGCCCUUGCAGCCAGCUGGGUAUCUGUGUUUGAGGCCACCCCCACCCACCCACCACCAUGGCUCUGUGGGCUUUCUUAGGCCGUCCCCCAUGAUGCCAGGGGAACAGGAAGGAAGCCCUAUGAGAGCUCUCACACGGAGGAACACUUGUGGGCUGGGGGGAAAAUCUGAGCUGGAAGUUUUGUUUUGAUCAUCUUGAAGGAUAAGUUUUCUUUUCUGAUGGGCCAAAGUACUUGCAGAAAGGACUUUCUGUAGUAGCCCAUGCUUACUUGUGACACUUUUAAUAUGAAAUGUACCCCCAGACCAAAUGUCCUAAUUGAGUUAGAUGCACAUCGUCCACGUGUCUGAUGGCGCAGAGCUUGUGAAUGGCUAUAGUUCCAGUUUCUCAGGUAAAUAAUUGUUCCCCCAACUUCUGCCCUCCCCUUAUUAUCACCAUUCAUUCUGAGACCGUGUGAGACCUCAGUGUGGUAGCAGUUCAGCUACCUUCUGCAGGCGCCAGCUUUUUUUUUUUUUUUUUUGCCGCACCUGUACCCAAGACUGGUGACAGGUGCCGUUAUCUCCUGAGGUGACACCUGGCCAAGUUUGAAGACUGCCCACGUGCUAGCUGUGUUCCCAACCCCACUGUUAAGUAAGGUGUGCCUUGCUUUAAGCAAACUGAAUGUGAUUAUGUUGUUGUGCUCUGUAUCCAUUUGGAAGGAAAACUAGGACGUGCCUGUCUCUUUAAGAGAGGCUACCCAAUUAGACUCUCUCACAGUGGCACUCUUCCUAGUACAAUGUAAGAUACUCACUCUUAAAAACCCAUCAUGACUUCCAUUCCUUUACCACUGUGUACACCAUGCAGCAGGUCGUGUCCCCUCCCUUCUCCCCCCAUGCUGAUGAAGCGAUGGGAAACUCUAGGGAGACAUCGAGGCCCCAUUCUGUAGAUUAGCCCUUAGUGAUACUAGCAAAACUCCUACCCUCGUCACUGCGUGUUAUAAGCCUAGAUUGUCCUAGUCCCCACUGAUUCUGAAACCGAGCACACCUGUACUUCUGGAGAGCGGCUGUUUGGUUUUGGCUUCAUUCUCCCAUUUGGGGAAAUCCUCACAUGCACACUUGAUACCACUUUGGGUCUGCUCUGCCUUCUCCAGAUUUGGCCUCUUGGCCACUCCUCACACCCACCCGCUUGCUGGCCUCCAGGCCACAGGGCACUGCCAGUGGGGAGACUGCUAGCUCCGUGCUGUCUGCAGCUGGCCCAACACCUGUAUUCCUGAUGUUUACCUGUUACUGAGCGCUUGAUAGAAAGACAGCCCCUGCAGUGGGGUUGGGUGGGUUUUUGGGUUUUUUUCUUUCCGUUGUCUUGUAUUUUGUUGUUUUUAAAUGCAAAUGUUGUAUUUAUUUUUUUUUCCUCUCCUGCUCUGGUUUGACUUAGCUGACUGGCUAUCCCAAUGCAUGUGGUACCUGAUGGACAUGGUAGAGACUAUUUCCCCCCACUUUUAUAUAUGACCCAAUGUUUACCUUCAGGCUUGCUAAUGCUUUAUUUUUGGAAGCCACAGAUGUAGUUUUUCUGGAUGAAUUGUUUUUCCUAUAGAUGCAGCAGUAUGCUUUUGCAUUGAUCUGCAGGGUGAUUUGAAUUUUAUUUUUACAAGCAGUUUUUCAAUCAAAUUCUAUAUUUGAUACAAUGUGUUAAGGGUAGACCAGCCCCCGAGUCAUGCAGCUGGGGACCCCUGAGUGUCCAGGAGGCCUUAGGGCUGGGUGGCUUCUCUUGGUCGUCCCUGUGGUGGUAGCACUGGUCAGUCACAGGAGCCUUCAGGGUCCUUUAGCGUAGCCCUGACCUCUUGGGUUGUUACAAGGAUUUUUUCCAUGGGCAUUUUGCUACGCAGACAGUGGACAAUCCGGUGGCCCCAGACAAGCCAUAAGCAACCUUUCUGUGACCUCUCCCUGACUCAUCUUUCACACCCAUGGGAUAAGGAAUGUGCCCGAGUAGACGCGACACUCCUUGGUGUUCAUACGCCUCACUUGUGAAUACAGACAUUUGUUUAUGUUCUAAGCCCUUCCCUGCAGUACCCAUGCUGGCUGGCUCACUAUAGACAGAGCACAUGCAACUCUUGUCAUGAGCGCCCUGUUGUAAGCAUGCUGACUCCUGUAAGUUGCACUGAGUGUUGACAGUUUUCUUUCUUGUGUCCAACUCCCUAUCUGCUGUACUCAUUUGAAGUGAUUGUAAACAGAUUCACAGUGGCAAGAGUGAUGUAGAUGUGGGACAUUGCCUCACUUCUGCGAUUCCCAACACACAUUUCAGUAUUAAUAUGCUAGAGUGUGCGGACUGGGCUCUAUUCUCUCGAGCAUUGUGGGCUAGCCUUGUCUCUCACUCUGACCAGAAGUUCUCCCCCUCUAUACAGGACAGCAUGCUCUUCGAGACCUGAAGGCUUGAAUGUUAACUAACAUAUUAGUUAGGAGUCUUUGUGACACUUUGGUCUGUUUAAUUUAAUUUUCUUGUGAUCUGCAAGGCCUGCCCCCCAAAGCAUGUCAAUCUCGUUCUGUGUGGUCUUUGUGAGCUUGGACAGCAUAUGAAUAGCCCAGUCGGUGUUAACAGGCCAUUGCAGCAUUCGUGGGCCAGCCUUCAACUUAAAGCUGUGAUCACUGCUUUGUCAGACUGUCAUUUGUGGUCCAUCCAUGGGAGACCUGAAGCCUGGUGCAGCCCUUCAUGCCUUGUGAGCCUGCUGGGAUCGAAGUACGUGUUCUGUUUAGCCCCACAUGAACUGUCUGUGGUCAGGGUACCCAGUGUCUGAAACAAAAGGAAUUAUCACACUCAAACCACCGAGAGAGAGAGAGAGAGAGAGAGAGAGAGAGAGAGAGAGAGAGAGAGAGAGAGAGGUGAGUGUUGUGAGUGUGUGUGAGUGUGAGAGUAUGAGUGUCAGUGCCAUUGCAGAGCCCUCACCUUGUGUCUUUGGAUUUGUUCAGCCAUUUUAUUUGUCUCAAGUUGAAUGUAUCGGCUUAGCCAAAUCACUACAGAAGGUGGUUUCUAAAACCUUUUAGACAGAUGCAUAAAAGCUACCUCUGACUUCUCAUAGAUUUGUGUUUGCUCUGAAGCAUCAUCGCUAUCCACACUGAAUAUAGCCAAAAUAUCGCCUGAAUAAACUGAGUUGUGAACGCCUCUGUUCGGUUCCGGCUUGAAAACGUGUGUGCCAUACUGUGACCUGGGGCGGCGGCUCUCCUCAGCACCACCCAGCUACAAGAUUCUAGCAUCCAAGAGGCUGGUGGAGGGGGCUUCUCUGCAUGGGGAGCACACACCCUCCACGCUGGUGGGCGUGGCUGUGCAGAGCCACCCGUGGCUGAGCCUGGGGAUAGUCUGUUCCUGCCUGGUUUUGCUUUCCUAUUUAAUAAUGUAAGAAGGCAUCUUUAACCCUGCUUUGCUUAUGAAUGGAUUGAAAGUGGCUUCCCUGCUCUCUCCUCCCUUUUUAUACACUAUAAACUCAUAAAGGUGCUUAAACACCGACUCUUGUGCAGAUAAUGUAUUUAAGCAGUUGCAUGGAUUCAUGGAUUCAGAUAGCGCAGGCAUAGCUGACCUUGGGACCCUUGUGAAAGUGAAGGACGGAAGGCUCCGUGCUCCGUUUGGAAGGAGCAGUGGACUCUGCUUGAGGAGAAGUUCCCUCUAGUCUUGGCAGUGCAGGUCUAACUUAACAGAUUUGUCAUGGGGACCCACCGCCUCUGACCAGCUGUCCUGUGGUUGUCCACUUUGCUGUCCAGAAGGUCAUCCUUUUACACCAUGGUUCCACCUGUAUCCCCUCGGGCUCCCUCCUCCUAAAGUUUCCUUGGGAAGUCAGCAUACGAUCCUAGAUCCCUCCAUUAGUUGGGUUAGGGAAGCCUGAGGGGCAGAUGGACCGUGUCAUGAGGCAGGUGCCUGGGUACUGGCUGGGCAGGGCAGGGCACUCUUCUCUAGGUUAUCUCUGUGCCCUAACCCCCACCCCGUUGUAGUAUUGCGUGGGUGGGGGUUGACAUCUUCCAUUCUUUCGACUUGGACAGCUCAGUACCCCUAGAAUCCCUCACAUAUAUUUCUCUGUGUGGAGAACCGGAGGCAUGGAGGGUUACUUAGGACUCUGAUUUGGCUGGGAUUUGAAAAUCCCAGGAAGCAAAGGGUGCUACAUAUGUUAUGCUUAGGGUGACACCCAGGUGUGGUGGUGUAAGCCACAGCCUCAGGGCACCAGCACAGAGGCAGGCAGCCUCCCCACUCAAGAGGCUUGUGAAGGAUACCAAACCAGCAGGAGCCCUGGCCACUGCAGUGUUCAGCUAACACUUCUUUCUACUGGUGGAAGUGAGAACACUGAAACCUUCCAAAGGCCUGGCAGUUCUAGUUUCUCCAUUCCUGAGGGCUAAAAGGCUGAACGAGCUCCUGCUUUGCUUAGAGCUGCCUUUAUUUGAAUUCAUUUAGAGGUAAAGCAUCUUUAAGGACCGUAUCUCUUCCCUGUGCCACCAGCCAGUAGGUGGCGGAGGCCCUUUUCAUUCAGUUCUCCUGCAUCUUCAAGCUCUGGGACAUCAGUGAGGUCACAAGAGCACCCACAGCAGCCAUCAGCAGAGUGAGUACUCAAACGGGACAGAAAGCAGAAACUGUACAGGUUGUAAUGGCCACUCCAGGUUGUGACACAUCCUGCACAGCAGGUGGCCUCAGCCCGCCCUUCCUCUUGAAAGUCUGUUUUCGGUGUCCCUUCAGAAUCAUGCUGGGCUGGUUGUUAGGUGACCCUACCUAGAAGCUCCGCGAGCCCUCACUCUUUCUUGCAGACUGUGAUGCCACCUUGUAGCCUGCGGCUGUGGAAACACAGUCCUAUCCUGGGUUCUCUGUGCCCUGAAGUGCAGUUGCACCUCUGCUGGGGUUUGGUCAGGCACUGGCAAAGGCUACUUGCUGGCCUUGUGUUUGCUGCCCCUCAGCGAGACCGUGUGUUCUAGUGGAAGUAGACUUAGAGGGAAUUGGAAUCAUGUCUUUGUGAAUCGAGUGUGAAGUCCUCGGGCCUAAGGUGCUACUUGGUCCUAAUGUUUUGGAGUGCUUUUCUGUUGUUGUUACUCCAUUGUUACUUACUCUGUCCUAUGACACUGGGGGAGACUGCUCGCUUGGGUGUGGUGUCGCUUACACCGAAAACAUAGGACUCCAGCUUUGACGUGCCCAUGGUGUGACUUUCAUCUCUGACCUUCUCAAGUCAGGGAUGGUGCCUAGUCUAAUAAAAUCCUUCCUCCCUGUCAAGCCAUUGCUUUGGUUGGUUUCAACAGGGGAAGUAGUCCAGUCUGGUUUUUCUGUUUUUUUUUUUUUUUUUAAUUGCAUAGAAAAGGCCGUUGCCUGUGCAGACUGCAGACGGAUAACACAUUUAGCAAAUUUGGUUCCUCUUCAAAGCCAAAUAGACCUAUGUGAUUAAACUCCAAGAGGGUACAAUUCAGCAUUAAAUUAAAAUCUGAGUCAUGAGUUUGAGAGAGGGAAUUUCAGUAUAGUUGAUAACGUUAUGAAUUCAUGUUUUAUAAUUGUAGAGGCAAGUGAGUAUUUAAAAAAAUGUAAGAGAAUAAUUGUAAGUUUCUGUGCAACAAUUCAGCUACUGCCUCAUAAAUACAGGAAGAGACCAUAGCCCCGAAUCUCGACCCUCUUACCUCCCGUUCCACUUCAGAUUGCCUGCCUAAUAUGUAUUUUGAGGGGUUUUAACCCUUGGUUUUAUCAAAUUUUCUAGUUUUAUUUUAUUUUUAUAAAAUAAUUGAGAAAGAACCAAAAAUGAAUUCAGAAGUUCCCCAGUGGCUCCUACCCCAGUCUUAAUUUCCUCCCACACUCAAACGUUUCAGAAGACAUUUUGAACCAAAAUGUAUUCCAUCCAUUUACCAUUUGCUACUUUCUGAGAAGUGGAGCGGCUACCAAGGCCUGUUUCAGGUGGUACUCUGUAUGUCAUGGACCUGUCUGUACCUGUGCAGUGGAUCUGUGUGAUGACGUCUUGUGCUUGCGGUUUAGAAACCACACAGUGCUGUGUUGUAAAUUGACAGUUUCUGUGUAAACUAUUAUUUAUAACCCUUGGCCCAUCUGUAUAAUUUUUCAUUUGCUACAUGGAUUGUAUAAUUAAUUAUAAAAUUAUAGUAUCUGCUAAACCCAAUUCUGAGGCUUCAUGUCAUUGUCUUUGGUUUGAUACCAGUCUGAGUCGUGAGGAUGCGCAGGCCUUGCACAAUACCAGUAGUGAUGUCGCCUGAAACUAAGCCUUAAUCAGAUAGUGAAUUUGUGCAUUUCAGAGUAUGCAAAAAACAAACAAACAAACAAAACAGAGUUUCAACUGUCAAGAUGCUCAACCCUAACUCUAACGUGUUCCCUCCGGAGUGAAGAGUGGGGAGUGAAGAGUGGAGUGAAAAGGGGCCGUUACCAGGGUUAUUUACUCUCCCUCUCGCCUGAGCUCUCCCAGGUGGCUUGAUGAAACCAAUCCUGUGCGUUUCUGUGGCAGUCUAUCUGGAGACCUUUGCAGGCUUAUCUUCAAAUGUCUGAUUCCUCUCUGCUCUGAGAUGAGCCUCGACUGCUGCGAGCACAGUUGGGGCAUAGCUUUCGCCACCCUGCUCAUCGGCCAAGCUCUCUGCAGUUACUGCCAGCUGCCAUUGCUUCUGCAUAGAUUACAACAGAGUUGUGUUUGGGUAAAAGCAUCUUCAAUCUUGAGGUAAAAUAGAGGGGACCCAGCUUUCUUUACAAUGUGGAUCUACCUCAGUUAAAUAGUUGGGUGCUAUUAAGUAAGUCUGUCAAAUUAAAUUGGAAAAAGUAACCAAACAGUGGGACAUAACUAACUCCACAUGAAACUUGAAAACAUCAUUUCCGUUUCUUUAAUAAUUUUUAUUUAUUUUGUGCCUUUUCUGUUAACCCUAAUGCAUUUCCAAGAUUCAGAAUAGUCAUUUUCUCUUGCAAAUGGGGAGCCCAACUGACCACACAAGUAUUCCAUCCAACUGCUACAGUGCGCUGGGAUCCUAACCUGCCCUCUCUGGGAACCGGGGAAAUGUGUCCUAGAGCAAAUGUCACAUCCCAGACCCCAGCUGGUUUGUGCAUGUAUUCACAGCUGUCACUUUAUUUCUGUGCCAUUUGAAGGGGCAACCCCGAAAACGGACCCCCAAGUACUUUGUGCUCUUUCAGCUGCCUGUGUCUCUCUUCUUUGGCAUGUUUUCUAUAAGACUUUCUUUCAUAAACAGCAAAUGGACUGUUGUCGAGCCCAUCUCCUGGUUUGCACGGUGAAGGUGCUUAACGCCAGGAGCAGAGGCGGGGGCAAGCUCGAGGCUGUCUGGAGGCCAGGCCAGAGGCGGGGAGGAUGCGUGUUCUGCGGCAGCCCGAGGUCUGACUGGUAAGGAAAUAGAUCGGAGAUGGAUGGCUUUUCAUGCCUUUAUAGUUGGCCGUUUACAACUUUUCCUACUACGGCAGCCUUUUCUGCCAUAAUUCUUUGGAGGCAACAUAAUAUUUUGGAGUUUUAUGAAUUUGAUUUUAUACCAAUAAGAGAUCAAAGUUUUAGGGGUCUUUCCUGUAGUAUAUAGUUUUAGUCUUUUGAAGAGAUCUCUGGAUUUUAGGAGAGAACCAACUGUACUUGGUGGUAGACCUCCAAAAGGUGAUCUGGGGAGCCCUGCCCCCUCCUUUCUCUGCUCCCCACCCCUUCCCUUUGUAGGAUCUCAAAAAAGGAAAACAAGAAAAAAAGAGAUGAUUCUAGUUAUAGAUGUGUGUGGGUUUUGUUUUUGUUUUUUUAACCUUCCAUCAGGUUGACACUUAAGCUAUAUUUUAUAGAAUAAAUCCCCCUCUAGUAUGCUGCAUAUGAAUAUGAAGCUCAGAGCUGUUGCACUUUCUCUGUAAUCAAUGCCCUACAACUGGCUUGCCGGAAGCAUUUUCUUUUAACCUAACGUGUACUUUGGGCAGGUGAUGAAAUUACAUGGGUACCUCAAGUCAAGACCUGCGCGUGCUGCAUUUGGAUUUUUUAGUUUUGUUUUGUUUUGCUUUUCUAUGUAUCGUUAUGUUUUACUUUAUUUUGUUCCGGUAUUAUGCUUUUUGGACCCUAGUAGUCUGUUGGAAGAAAAACCUAAAAAGUUAGUAUCCUUGUUUUCUCGCCCCUACAGUAUGUGGUUCUAAAGGUCAUCCUCCAUUAGGAAUCUUUCCCCAAGCAUACCUGAGGAAAAGGGUACUUCGCUUCUCAGCGGGCCGUGCCAUUGAGAUCUUUUGUGUUCAUGCUGCUUCGAUUCCCUUCUCCAUAUCACCUAAGGGUGGGUACCUCCAUUGCAAAGUUGUGGCAUCUUAAUUUUUACACACAGACCUCAUGGAUGUCCAUUGAGGAAGUAGCAUGACCCUAAAGACACUGGCAGCCUGGCCUGGAGGUGGCGGCCUUCGCAGCUUUCUCUCUCAGCACUCAGCCACACUGACCUGGUCGGGCAGUCUGCAUGGACAGGACAGCUCAGCUGGUGAAGAAAGCCGGAUGCUCAGACACUGCACGUCUCCUGUCCUGAUUAAGCUUAGCUGGGUCCUUUCUAGUCUGUUUUCACAGCUUCCUAGGUUAAAUAGUUUGCACUAUUUUUGCAAUAAAUCCAUGGGAAACCUAACAGCUACUUAUGUUGUUGUUCUUACUGUGUGUAUAAACUAACACUAAAGGUUUGGAAUAGUGUUUUUUUUUUUCCUCCCACCUCAUGUAGCCCCUUAACAUGCACAGAAUGCUGUAAAUCUGAUAUAUGAUGUGAAUGAUAUUUUAUAAAGUUAUUUUGUAUGGUGUCGAUUUGUUUUGCCGCAUAGUAUGUCAGCAAGAAAUAAAAUAAAAUUCCUUGUAUUUACAGC